AUGUCGAUGUGUGGACUAGAACCUACAGAGCUAGUGAUUCGUAACGUUGUCAUGAUGGUCACAAAGCUGGCUCGUGACGAAAGCGUCAGAGUUAUCACAGGUGAACCUGUUUCUGCAUUCGAUUCCUUAAAUAAGUUAUGGAUAAAAACGGAAGAUCGAAUUGGUGCUGCGAGUGGUAAGAAGCUCAAGAAAGGACUCAUUCAAGCAGUGAAUGAGGUUGCAUCUGAGAUGACCCUGUGUUGUGAAAACAUUGCUGCUCGUGCAGGUGAACUCGUAAAUCCUAAUGAUGUCCUCAUAGUGCACAACCUUAGCGGAUCGCCCACAUUAACGGCCUUUCUUGCUGCUGCUCGAGCUACUCGCAAACACAGGGUGUUGAGCGUGGUGCACUCAAGCGAAUUCGAUUCCACUCCUGAGUAUGCGUCACCUAUACAGCUAUGCGAUGUUGGUAGCAAGAUGUGCGAAGUCACUAAGGUACUUCUACCUGGAGCUGCUGUAUUCCCUGAUGGCUCAUGCCUAGUUCCUGCUGGUGGUUUAUCAACUUGUCUUUCGGCCCAACGGCAUUCUGUUCCUGUUUAUGUGCUUGCUGCUUUCUAUAAAAUAACACCUUUCUUCGUACCGGAUCCAAUGAUGGUGAAUCCGAACAAAGCUACCGGUGUAUCGUUUACACAUUCGGUAUCGUUUUCUGGUCUAGUGGAAAUUCCUCGACCAAUGUUUGACCAUAUACCGGCAUCACUUGUUACGCUCUUUGUUUCUAAUACAGCCUGCAUUCUGCCGUCCCAUGUCUACAGGCUGAUCGGAGAUUACUACCAUCCUGAAGACGUUGCUGAGUGCUGA